UUGGAGAAUAAAAGAGAAAAGAUGAAUGAUGAUUAAUGUUAACAGGAAGGGCUUUUGCCAAUUAUGCCACGAAGAAAUCAAUUACUCGUCACAUAGAUGGUUGGCACUGCAUGGAACAGAACAUCAUGCAUCAACAAGAAAAUUGCAUGAAAUCUGGUAGAGCCAAUCAAAGCUUUUCUGGUAGAAGCAUCAUGAAAAAUCUGAAGAAUUCAAUUCUAAUAUUUUUUAAUCGUAAAGGUAAACUAUCAUUGAAAAUCCUUGCAGCAGUAUUUCUCAUCCUCGUCUUAUUUUGGAAAAGUUAUUGCUUUAUCUUCAAGCUGGACAAUGUGGUCUGUGUUUUAAUCCAAGGACGUCUAGCUAAUGCCAUGUUCCAAGAAGCGUUUGUGUACACAUUUGCCAAAAAGAAAAACAAAGCAGCUGUUGUUUUCAGUGGGGAAAAUCCUCUUGCAAACAUUUUUACUCUAGAAGGUUUGAACUGGACAUAUGAUAAUACUAAAUCAUGUUCAUGUUACUCAAUGUAUGAGGAUAAAUGGGACUGUGCAUUUGAUGAUACAUUUGAAAAUCUGCACCUUCAUGAUAAGCAAACAGUUCGAGUCCUCGGAUAUUUUCAAUCGUGGAAAUAUUUCAAAGGUCACGAAAAAGAAAUCCGCAGACUGUUUACAUUUAAACAGAAUAUAGAAGAAAAAACUCAUUCAAUAUUGCUGUCAAUUAUUAGUUCACUCAAGUAUAAAGGUGUAACGGACAAGACCGUUCUUGUGGGAGUUCAUAUAAGGAGAGGAGACUACGUUUCAAACAAAGUCUUCGUGGACUUUGGUUACAAUGUGGCUUCUGAGAUCUACAUGCAUAAUGCAGUCAAGUUUUACCAGAGACGAUACUCCGACCUUCUGUUCAUUGUAUGUGGAAAUGAUAUUCCUUGGGCAAGACAGGUUCUACAGGAGUAUGACAGAGUCUAUUUUGUUGAAGGAAACACUGCAUCAGAAGACAUGGCCCUGCUGGCUGGGACCCACCACACCCUAAUGACAGUGGGUACAUUUGGGUGGUGGAUAGGGUGGCUCACUAAUGGCACCACCGUGUAUUACAAACACAAUUUUCGAGAGGGCACAGAUUUCAUGCGUCAGUUCCAUGGUAGUACCAAAGAACAUUUUCCACCACAUUGGAUUGGGUUAGAAUGAUGUAGCUUUAUUUAAUAUGCAACUUCCGAGAUAUCAGCUCUUUUGUGAUGGAGGUACGUUCAGUGUUCUGUUGAACGCUUGGGUGGGUACAAGAUGUAUACAUAUGCUACAGACUACACUGUAGCUAUGUUAAUACGAAUAAAAGUAAUGAAAGUGUAAAUUCUGUUUAUAUCAGCUGUUGGUAUACAUUAAACUGACCAUAUCAAGAAUAAUAUUUGAUUGAAUUAGGCCAUUAAAUUAGAUAUAAAAUUAUAUUUUAUUUCCUCUUCUGCGCAAGUGAUAUUUUAAUCAAAGAAAAAUGGUGAUUAUCGAUUUUUGUUUGAGCUAUUUUAUUAUCAAAUACUAAUAAACUUACUAAUAUUGUGUGUCCCUGCAGUUUGGGUGGUUGCAUGAUGUCUGAUAAUUAGCGUUUAGGCAAUAUAUCAUUGCAGCGAUAAGCAUUUACAAGUACCCACCGCAUAUGGACGACAGUAUGUUUUGCUUCUCACUGUGCGUAAGAGUUCCACAAAGGGAAAGAACUAUUGGGCAACUUGGAAAUUGCAUAUUCAGCUCAAUGUUUUUAUGUCACCAGGAUCACUCAGAUUAUUUUAGGGAACAGAACUUUUGGAUAUACAAUGUAUAUGGGCUUUUGAUUUUUCAAAGUUAGUGGUUCCAUAUUGUGAUCCACGAGUUCACAUUAUAUUGAUGAAAAAUGAAAGAAUUUGUAUCAUUUUUACAAAUCAUUUAUUUGAAUAAUUAUUAGUCUCUCUCUUAAUAUUUCAGUUUGUUUCCUCUCAUUUAAUAACUACUCAUGAUGUAUUCCUAUUUAGGGGCUUAGAAAUCCUUAAUAAAUCACCUCAUGUUGAUUGCAGAAGAAACAUUUUCUCUAUAAUCCAAAAUAUCAAGUUUCCUAGAGUUUUACUGAUUUUGACAUUUCUUGUGUUGAAAAACAUCAGAGCUGCUUUACAUUUAUAUGAUUAUAUAAUAUGAAAACAUUUUUCACAAGAAUUCAUCAUUUGAGCUAUUAUGUAAGGACAUCUAAAAUGUGUGAUAUAAACUAAUAAAGUAUAUACAUCUCUCCUUCCCAGCAGGGGGACAUAUUGUUUUAGUGUGAA